AAAGACGAAUGCCCCCCGUGGUCUCGUGGGUCCCAAGAUGGCAGCUGCUGCUCCAGCUGAGAAAGUUGGUCUCAGCUUUAAAUUCACAAAAAAAGUCGAAAACAAAAUACUAAGCUGUGAAAAAAGUCGAUCAGAACGUGAAGCCAAUGAAGAAAAGGAUUACGUUGUUUCCGUUGACAAAAGCGUCGUGAAAAGUUCGCUACCAAAGGCCGAGAAGAAAGAGUUGGUUAUCCCCCUUAUAAAGAACAAUGUUUGGAGGGUACCAAAGCACGAGAAAUCGGUGGCCCAGAAAGAUGCAAAAGACGUUGAUAAACCAAAUGAGGACAAAACUGAACUCACCUUGGAGCAGCAAGCGAUUAAAGAAAUACUUGCAGAUGUAGCUGGUAAUCAGAACUCGGACAGCAAGGGGACCACCCAAGACAUGAGCAUACCUCUGCUGAUGCAGAACAAAGUCCCCGAUGGCUACGAGACAGAUGACAAAGUAGAUGUGUCCCUUCGAGCAGAGGAGUCUACCUUGGAAGACUAUGACAGUGUUCCUAUUGAGGAAUAUGGCCUGGCCAUGCUGAGGGGCAUGGGGUGGAACCCAGGCAAGCCCAUUGGUGCUCGUUGUACUCAGAUUGCAAAGCCCAUAGAAGCUGUAAUGAGACCCAAGGGAUUGGGUCUUGGAGCUGAGAGCAAGAUGGCAAAGCCUCCUCCUCUUGUGGCCAAAGAAGAAGGGGAGCUUGUUCUCAGAACGGGGGCCUAUAUUCGCAUAGAGCAGGGUCCAUACAAAGAUCUCUACGGGCAGGUGGAAGGCCUUGACGACGAGAAUGCACGUGUCAUUGUGAAGUUGGCUCUGGGUGGGAAAACCACAACUGUCAGUGAGCUCUUCAUCAGCCUUGUCAGCAAAAAGGAUUACCAGAAAUAUGGCAAGCUCCUGAACAAAGAAAAGUAUGAUGACUACAAGAGGAAGCAUGAACCACAAGAAGAGGAAGUAGCUGAGAAGAGACGAGAUGAGGAUGAUAAGCACUCAUCGCACAAGAAGCCCAGGGUUGAAAAAGAACGAGAGUCGUCCAAGUCAGCUGCGAGGCGAGAGCGGUCGAGAUCACCCAAGCGAAAAGAGCAGUUCUGGCUUCGGCCACAGAUCAGAGUCCGCUUCAUUGACCGCAAGUACAAGAAUGGGAAGUACUACAACACAAAAAUGACAAUUGAAGAUGUCACCUCAAGAACCACCUGCAUGUGUAACGCAGAAGAUGGGAAGAUCUUGGAAGACAUCAAAGCAUCAAUGCUGGAAACUGUGAUUCCUAGGAAGUCGCCAGCUCACGUGCUUGUGCUGUUGGGAAGCUAUUGUGGUCAGGUUGGUGUGGUGUUGAAGAGGGACAAGGAACGAUGCUGUGCCACCGUGCAAAUGCUUUAUGACAAAGCAGUCUUGGACUUCAACUACGACAGUAUAUCGGAAUACACUGGAGAUAUUUCUCAUCAUUACUGAUGCAUUGAAAUGCCACUUGUAAAAUACCUGUACAAAGCUCAUACAUCUAAUGAAGUAAAAAUUUGUGUAGCAGCCGUAUACAACUGCUGCCUUUACAUGGUCACUUUGUUUUAAAAAAAAUGAAAACAAUCAUGUGAAAUACAAUUUUAUUAUGCACCUAG